UCCUGCCUCCAGGAUUCUGCCCUGCUUAAAUUUCAAUCCUGACUUCCCUUUGAUGUGGAAGCCUAAGUCAAAUAAACCCUCUCUCCUCCCCAAGUUUCUUUGGUUACGGUUUUCAUCACAGCAACAGCAAUCCUAAGAUAAAGGGAACUGACGACCAAUCAUGCGCGAGCACAACGCUGACGUCAUCACGCACUAACUAACGGCCAGCAGAGGGCGGGUACCCCAGUCUCAAACUUACCAUGGCUCCCAUUCAGGCUCCAUAUGUUCUUGGAUUGGGUAUUUCUACUUCAAUUCCUGGUCAGAAGCAAGGAAAUGCAGCGAUUUUACUGAGGGUCUGGUAAGGUCAAACGUGAGUGAAAGGUUCUGAGAGCCUCCUUUCCAAAACAGUAUUGGGAUUGUUGCUACCUGACGCUUCUGUCCGACGCACAGAAGAUACAGAUGGGCAUCAACACAGAUGGUCCUUCCUUUUCCAGGCUCCCGUGGCUACCUUCAACGGUCGUCAUCGCUUUGGAGGAUUCGUCUUGUAACGGGGGCCUGCCUGUGUUUUGUGAGCUCUGUCCCUGGAGAGUCCUGCCAUGACUCUGCCAAGCAGGAGAAGGGUCCGGGGUCUCCAGAACCCUUAAGGAAAGUCGUUGGCACAGAAGAUAAGCAUUUUCUGUGAGUCGUGAGUACUGGAGGUGAGGAAGACUUGAGGCACAGGCCAAAAGAAAGGUCCCUUGGUUCAGCCGUCAUCUUCUUGUCUGAAGAGAAGAGCCACACCCACUGGAGCCAGGAGAGAGCCACCUCACUCUUCAGUGUCCUUGAUGGGGCCACCAGACACCAGAGGGCGCAGUCCAGAGGAGGCCAAGGACUCCAGGCAGAAGGGGUCUGGGCAGAGUUCGGGUGGCGCCUUCUGCAGAAGCCACCAAGGAAGAGGCCGCCCCAAAGAGAGGAGGAGAAGGGCAAGGCAGCCUCCCUCCAGAGAGAGAGGAGGAGACAAGGCUGAGUCCUGCCUAGCCAAAGAACACCAGGCAAGAGACUGCCUGCACAGAAGACCCCGGGUCAAGGACAGAAGGCCCCAGCCGAGAUCUCCCUGGAGGAGGGUCAAGCGCAGCCUCAGCCCCUCUGGAGACUCCCACACUGCUGCUCCUCCACACAGGUCAGCCAAGAGGCUCAGGCAACAUUCUCCAGAAGCCCUGUCAGCUAGGGCGCUCUCACCGCUGUCCAGAGUCAUGACCCGCAUGGGGGCCUUGGAGGUGGCCUUGGAAGAGCUGCAGGCCCCAGGAGGAGCCUUCCUGCAGAAUGUGCCCUGGAGCAGCCCCAGCACGGAGUGCACAGUCUCUCAGCGCGCCUGGCUCACAUGGCAGCUGGCACAUGCCGGGGCCGCGCUCAACUGGGCGCUUCACACAGUCAAUCACAUCUUGGCUGCUCAGGCCUGGCUGCCCAGAUCCUCCCAGGUCCAUACAGACUCCUCCUUGGCUCGAGGCCAGUGCCCACCUACUAGAAGAUUCCCUGGGAACUUGGAUUGUGGAAAGAAAGCCUAAAAGGACCUCAUUCAUUCGUCCACCUUUCUGAAACCUGCGCGUUCCCAUGCCUUGGAGAUUCUCUGUAAAAACACUGACUCUCGCAAGGAAAUCUGCAAAUGGAGGUUCCCUAUUGUACAGACACACUCCCACUCUUUCGGACAGGCUCACUCAGACCAAGUGGCUGUUGAACGCUGUUUCUUUCUGCUGGGCGCUUACACACUGCCUGAAAUCCACACUUGGCACAGGAGCAGCAAUCCAGACUGCCAGUUCGUCUACGUUUUUGAAUAUGGAAGUAAUUCAGCUCAAAACUCACACACAGUUCCCUAGAACCUCUUUGUGAGAGAGUCUGGACUUCUAUUCUUUGAAAUCUGUGAUGUGUUAAGUCUGGCCUCUUAUUGGGUUGAUUGCUUUCUAGUUUGUAGAAUCAGAAGCAUUUCCAUUUUGUAAAGCUUCAUCAACGGUCAGUUUUCACAACUCUUCUCUAGAUGUGAUGUAUCUGUGUAGAAUGCUUGAGGUGGACGUACACUCAACCCUCAAUAAAGUAUUUAUGGUUGUACACUAUUUGUCUUUGUGGAUUAAUUAGAAGUAA